UGACUCAUAGGCUGAAGCACAGACACCACUUCCCCAAUCUACAGGAGCCAUUUUAACAGCAUAAAACUUGCCGGAUUGCUUUUUAUUUUCAAGCCCAAAGACAAAAAGAGAACGGGAAUAUUUGAAGGAAAGGCAUAGCAGACAUUUUACCAGUUCAGCUCUGACCAUUGGCUAUCAUCUUUGUUUGCAUCUUGCAGGUUUAAUAAACCUCUGAGCCAAGAAGCUCUAGACAAGAAAAAUUUCAGAAAAAUUGCCUCUGUUUGACUAAAAUACCAGUGAACCAAGAAAAUUUGAAGCGCCAUCCCUAAAGAAAACCUGGUUUACAGUAACUUCACAGACUUAGCUGAGGGUUUUUUACCCAAAUUGGUCACUGGAUUCUGCUGCCUCAUACUUGAACCUGCUUGGAAUUUUUCUCAUGUGGAUCUAAGGGGAAUGCUUUAUUAUGGCUGCUGUUGUCCAACAGAACGACUUAGUAUUUGAAUUUGCUAGUAACGUCAUGGAGGAUGAACAACAGCUUGGUGACCCAGCUAUUUUUCCCGCUGUAAUUGUGGAACAUGUUCCUGGUGCUGACAUUCUCAAUGGUUACGCGGGUCUAGCCUGUGUGGAAGAGCCCAAUGACAUGAUUACUGAGAGCUCCCUGGAUGUCGCUGAGGAAGAGAUCAUAGAUGAUGAGGACGACGACAUCACGCUUACAGUUGAAGCAUCCUGUCCUAAUGGGGAUGAAACGAUCGAAACUAUCGAGGCUGCUGAGGCACUCCUCAAUAUGGAUUCUCCUGGCCCAAUGCUGGAUGAAAAACGAAUAAAUAAUAAUAUAUUUAGUUCAUCUGAAGAUGACAUUGUUGUUGCCCCAAUCACCCAUGUAUCCGUCACAUUAGAUGGGAUUCCUGAAGUGAUGGAGACUCAGCAGGUUCAAGAGACAUAUGCAAACUCACCAGGAGCAUCAUCACCAGAACAACCUAAAAGAAAGAAAGGGAGAAAAACAAAACCUCCACGCCCAGAUUCCCCAGCCACUACACCAAACAUAUAUGUGAAGAAGAAAAACAAAGAUGGUAAGGGAAACACAAUUUAUCUCUGGGAGUUUUUACUGGCACUGCUCCAGGACAAAGCUACUUGUCCUAAAUAUAUCAAAUGGACCCAGCGAGAAAAAGGCAUUUUUAAACUGGUAGAUUCCAAAGCCGUAUCCAGGUUGUGGGGGAAGUACAAAAACAAACCCGACAUGAAUUACGAGACCAUGGGAAGAGCUCUCAGGUACUAUUACCAAAGGGGUAUCCUAGCAAAAGUAGAAGGUCAACGCUUGGUGUAUCAGUUUAAGGAGAUGCCGAAAGAUCUUAUUUAUAUAGACGAUGAGGACCCAGGUUCCAGCAUCGAGUCUGCGGAUCCAUCACUGUCUUCAACAGCCACUUCAAGUAGGAACCAAGCAAGCAGAUCGAGAGUAUCCUCAAGUCCGGGGAUAAAAGGAGGAUCCACUACAGUUCUCAAACCAGGGAAUCCUAAAGCUACAAAACCCAAAGAUCCUGUGGAAGUUGCACAGCCAUCAGAAGUCCUGAGGACAGUGCAGCCCACACCAUCUCCGUACCCCACCCAGCUCUUCCGGACUAUUCAUGUCGUCCAGCCAGUACAGGCUGUCCCAGAAGGAGAAGCAAGCACCACCAGUAGCGUGCAGGACGAAACGUUAAAUUCCUCUGUUCAGAGUAUUAGGACUAUACAGGCUCCAGCCCAAGUUCCAGUGGUCGUGUCUCCUGGGAAUCAACCUUUGCAUACAGUAACACUCCAGACUGUGCCAAUCACAACAGUGAUAGCCAGCACAGAUCCAUCUUCGGGUGCUGGGUCUCAGAAGUUCAUUCUACAAGCCAUUCCAUCAUCACAGCCCAUGACAGUAUUGAAAGAAAAUGUCAUGCUACAGUCCCAGAAGCCGGGCUCCCCUCCUUCCAUUGUCCUGAGCCCUGCACAUGUGCAGCAGGUUCUUACCAGCAACGUCCAGUCCAUCUGCAAUGGCACCGUCACUGUGGCUUCAUCUCCGUCCUUCAGUGCUACGACUCCCGUGGUGACCUUUUCUCCUCGAAGUUCACAACUCGUUGCCCACCCAGCCGGCACUGUCAUCACGUCAGUUAUCAAAGCUCAAGACACAAAAACACUCAUACAGGAAGCGGAGAAAAAGGAAGCCGAAGAUAAUUUGAAAGAAGACAGUGAGAAAACUGAGCAGCCACAGCCUUACGUGAUGGUGGUAUCCAAUUCCAGUGGAUUUACCUCUCAGGUAGCUAUGAAACAAAAUGAAUUGCUGGAACCCAACUCUUUUUAAUAAAUACACCAAAGGAAUUGUGGAUGAUUGUUUUUUAAUUGAACAUUUUCAGUUGCCUGCAAACUCUCUGGUUGAUUCUAAGAGAAAUUCUACAGAUGUUCCUAAUUUUUUAGCUCAUUGUUAAAAAUAUUAAUUUAGAGUUAAUGUUGACUUUGUUAGAUGAGGGAGGGAACCCCAGUGUUCCUCUUUGUUCUCCAAAUGUUUCAGAAUUCAAUUGUGAAGGAACAGGAAUUUUGUACUAUGAAGUCCUUCUUUUCAGAUUUUUUCUCAGUUGCUAUAUCGUAAGCAUUUUUAAAGUUUCUUUUUCAAUUUUUACAUGGUAUUAGCUUUUCUGAUUCUUUUGUAAAUACAGUACUUCAAUAUAAGGCAACAGGAAAUUUAUGUAGGAACUAUUUUCAUUCCAUUUGUGUAAGUUAAAGUCUUGACUCUUUCAAAUGCAAGACACCUGUUUUCUAUUUUGUUAAAAUUAUGAUUUCACUUAGAUUGACGUUAGUUUGGUUGCACUGUAUAAGGCAAUAUGAAUAUGUAAAAAAAAAA